AUGGACGACGAAAAGCUAGUUCUUUUCGUACAAAAUAAUAACGAGUUGUACGAUAAAAGCAACCCCUGCUAUAAAUUAGCCGGCAGGAAGCAAAUCGCCAGGGAGCUCAAUUCAACAGCCGAGAUGUGCAUGCGCAGAUGGGCAGCGCUUCGUGACCGAUAUGGACGUGAAGUGCGAAAGGAAUCAGCGCCAUCAGGCAGUAGCUCGCAGUACCACAGGCCAUGGUAUUUGCUAGAGGCACUUCGAUUUCUGAAGCCGCACGUUGUUCCUCGCCCAUUUCGGUGUUCGAGAAAUAUUUGUCCAGCAUCUUCGCCAUCAACGGGGAUUACUGGGAGUCCGCCACAGCUAUUGCCAUCGCCACCAGUCCGAGUGCAACUACCAUCGCCGUCGCCUCCGACAACAGUUUCGCUGCCCUCACCAUCGCCACAAAUUCAAGUGCAACUACCAUCGCCGCCAUCUUCAUCACCAGUAUUAUUGCAAUCGAACCGCUCAAGGGGUACGAGGCGUCGUGGUAGCAAUAUUGAUGUUGAUAAGAGCAUGUACGAGGCCAUUGAGUUAUUCAAAACAAGGUGUGCAGCUAGAGAAGAGCACUCAAAUCCAGCUUUGAAUUCUUUUGGAAUGAUGAUGAUAUCAAUAAUAUCAAAGAUGACUGCAGCGAUACAGUCGCGGGCCAUGCAACGCAUGAUGGAGGUGGCAUUUGAGGUACAGCAGGAGCCUGACUAA